AUGCCUCCGCUCGCGAGACCUGCCGCUGUGGCCAGCGUGGACGGCUGGCGCAUGUUAUUUGAACCGCGGGACCUCUUCAGCACCGUCUCGCUGCUGUGCUUGUUCGCAACAGUCCUCCGCUCAAUUGCUCUGCACAUUGGGAACAGAAAGAGAAGUGUGUCACGUGCCCAUACAGACCUGGAGCACUCAACCAUGGACCAAGACGAGUUGAUGCUGAAGCAACGAAAAGACUCGUCUCAGGGUGGGCAAGUACAUCUUCGACCGGCCAAGGAAGCGAGCCCGGUUGGCGAAUCAAAAAAGCAGCCUAGUCAGGAGACUCAAGAGGAUAGCGAGGUUCAUCCCUCGUCGCUGGAGCAAAAGCCAAACGACUACCUCGAAUCCCUCAAACAAGAAACUCGUCAACCGUCUCUUUCUCCCAUUUACCCAUGGGUCGCGCCUCCGCAAAGACUUCCGGGACCAUAUGAUGCACCCUACUAUCCUCUUCCAUUGCCGACCAUUGCGCUGCAAAAGACACAUGAAACCGAGGGUCAAACGACUCCCAAGACGACUGAAGACGAAAAACCCGAAGAGCUGGAGACUAUCGUAUUUUCUCGACGAGUGCCCACAAGUAAUAGCACCGAGGCGGGCGCCGUCCGCGAAGAAGUUGUCACUGUCUCCAACAAAGGGUGGCGACGUACCCAGUGGACAGUCAACACUGGAUGA